AUGAGACCGAUUUCCUCUGCUCUCAAAUUAAAAACCAAUGAUAGUUCAGAAAAACGUCUCAGGAGUGCAGUCUAAUUCAAAUUAGCAGACUCUUAAAAGUAUGAAUUACUGAAUAAUCUCGGAUAGACUAAAGAAUGUCCUCAUAAAACAAUCACAAACAUCCCAAUAGUCAUUAUCACAAUAAUCGAGACUACAAAGUGGAACAACCUAUAACACAUCCCAACGCACUGGAUAUUCUACUCAUAGAAUGAAUGAAGCAGAAUAUGACUCAGGUUCAAGCUCGGCUUUCAGAGGUCAAAUUAAAAUGAGAUCCACCUUUCAUUCAAGCAAAAACAACCUCAUAAGGAGAGUGGACUCUCAAUUCAGUCUAGAUAACAGAUAAAACUCGUCUCCUUAAGAUACCAAUAGAAACGCCAUCCCAUCCUUAUAAAACAGGCUCUUUCAAUAAGGGGGCAGAUCUCCAUAGAAAUAAUUAAUUGUUACUCAAGAGAAUAUGGAUUCUUAUGAAGUGAAAAGAAGAAUGAAAUUCGACCCUUAAAUCAAGCAAUAAGUUAUCUAUUUUAAAAUAUUGAAUAUAUCCAAUAUCGGAUUAAAAAAUUAUCUAUUUUACCUUUACAAGCAACAAAAAUGUUUGAUUGACCUGGUCAAAUCCAAAGCAGAAACCCAAGUAAUAAUCCUAUUUCAAUUAGCUAAUUGAUUUUUCUUAACAAAUUUUAACAUUUUCUAUAGGAACUCUAUCACCUAUUGCAUUAAUUGAAACUCUUAGUUUUUCUGCCUCCAUGCUUGAAUCAACAUCUUAACUUGAUUGGGCAAUCUUCUAUCAUAAUUAAACCAGGAUCAUGGCUAAUUAUGCAAAAUAAACUAUGGAUAAAUAUAAAAUGAAAUCUUUGAUUGGACUCGGGAAUUGUUCAAUCAAAAUGUAAUAAUAUGAGAUUGGAAUCAAAUUCUUUAAGAAAUGUCUGCAAUACUCAUGGUUAAAUAAUGACUUAGAUUAUGAAAAUGAAGUCUAUUCCAAACUGGGAGUUUGUUAUUAUUAUCUUGGAGACAUCGAAAAAGUACUAUUCCAAUUUAUCAAGACUAAAUACUAUCAUGAAAGAGCCAUAACCUAUGAUUAUGAGAUAGAGAGUUCUCCCUUACGUUAAAUGAGUUCAGACACACUCAAAAUUUUCCUAAGUAAAAAUUUCACCAGAAAUUACGCUGAAACUAUAAAUACUCCUCUUUUGAAUAGAUUAAAUCUGCCUCUUCCUUAAGAUAUAUUGUAAAUUUCUAAAUAAGAAAUACAGAAUGAAUCUCCUACUAUGAUCAAUCCUAGAACAACUAAUGAAUCCAAGGUUUCAUCUACCAGAAGAAACUCUAUCUUUGAAUCAAAUCCACAUAUGAAAAUGUUUUCUGCUAUGUAAGUGGAUGGACUAAGAAUUUAAUAAGAAAUUUUAUCGACUUAAGAAUUUGAAGUUGAAAUUUACACUCCAAAACAUUCAUGUAAAAAUCUAUGAUAAUAAUAUAAAAGUUAAAUCAGAAAGUAAAUGCUUUGAUUUUAUAAGAAAUAAAAAAAUACAUCCUUAAGAUAUCUUUCAUGAUAUUAAAUAUAAAACCAAUCCCUUUAUUUUAUCUGAUCUUGGAGUGAUAAGUGGUUAGAAUGAUGAAAACCCAAUUGAGAAUCCUUAAAUGUAUAAAUUGCCUUUAGAUCAAUAAAUUGAUAUCAGAUUAAAGAAGAAGACCUAUGUGGACAUACAAUCAAAAUUAAAAAAAUUAAUGGAUUAUAAAUAUCAUACAAAGACAUAAAUGAAGAAUAAAAUCCUGGUAGUCAUUUAAUUUAAUGAAGAUUACACACAGAAAUAUUGAGAAUGAAAAAAGACAUUAUGUUGUGGAUUAGAAUAAGGUUCUAGAAAGUGUAUAAAGAAAUUUCGAAAAUCUCAUAGAAAAUUUAAUGAAUUAGUAAUGA